UUCAUCAUAACAAAAUAAAGAAAAAUAUCUGACUAUUAAAUGACUUUAGAAGUCAUCAUCACUUUGAACAAUUAAUAACUUUACAAGUCAUCAUCACUUUGAACCAUUAAUAAGAUUCUAGAGGGAAUAUGCAUGACAAACAACAAAAAUGAAACUGUACAUAUAUUGAUGGUCUAGCAUUUGUAACAGAUACUUAAGUCUGUUGGGAAUGUCAACUUUGUCAUACCCAUACAAUUAUUUGUAUUGUUUAAUUCAUUAUAACCAAUGAGAGGAGGUUUUAAGAGAUCGCUAGCGUGCAGUGUGUCUCUCUCUCUUUUCCAUUACACCAGUAGAUUGAUGGAAGAGGAAAACAGCGGAAUUUGUCUCUCUCUACAAUAUGAUUGAUAGACCAUAUAAGGAUUCUCAAACAUCAAUGGUGAAACCAAACCAAGCUGAAAAGUUCAAAUUACGUACAUGACAGGAAGUUAUCAAGUGAUUGCUUAAAUUGCCUCAAGCUUCCAAAUGAUUGACAGGAGAAGACUUAUAUAAACUGGAGGUAAAUUCACUGUACACACAAUGGAUAACUCUCAUCACUUUAACUGAUUAAAAUAUCAGUUUCCCUAAAGAUGAUAUCUGACUUUACUUUCCAGGCAUCAUUCUAUAAUUGUAAUUGUAUCCAGAGAAGACUUUUUCUAGGAAAAAUACACAGACAGAAUGUCAACAGUACGAUAGUGCAAAAAUCAUAAAAAUAAUUGUUAAGUGGAUAAAGCCAGAGAAAUUAACAUUUGUGCUAAUGCUACCACCAGAGUGCUGCAAUUAACAUAAUAGGUGUCAAGGAAAGAAAUUUCUGCAAAUUUAUUAAAUAUUUUAUUCAAACAGAAAUGGAUACAACCAGUCAGAUUUACAUCAGUGCAGAGGUGAUAGUAGGUGUGUUGUCAUGUGCUGGAAAUGGACUGGUUCUUUUAGCAAUUUUCAAGAAUCGUCGACUACAGACUGUAACAAACUGUUUCAUAGCCAGUCUAGCUCUGGCAGAUUUCCUCGUUGGAAUAGUAGUCGCUCCAUUAGCUGCCUUAAGUUACCUAGGAUUACCUCAUCAUUUCCUUGGUUGUGUAUUUACCAACUCAAUUGUUGUUGCUUUCACGCAAGUGUCAAUUUUCAACCUACUAGCUGUAGCAUUUGAAAGAUAUUUUGCUAUAAAGCACCCCUUUGCAUAUACAAAACACCUUGAUGUUAAACGUGCAUUGUGGGCAAAUGCUGCAGUAUGGUGUAUAGGAAUGAUAAUUGGAUUUAUACCUGUGUUCGGUUGGAAUCUUGAAGAAUUACACAAUGAAAACUGGACAUGUAAUUUUGUGACUGUUAUAGACAUGGAAUAUACAGUAUAUUUUCAUUUCUUUGGAUGUAUUGUUAUACCGUUGAUUAUAAUAACCACGAUCUAUUUUUAUAUUUUUCUAAUUGUGCGUAAACAAAUGACACAGAUAGCGGCCUUAAGCAUAUCAUCACCUCAGCAGGGCUCCUCCAACACAAUAUCGAAACUUAGAAAAGAGAUCAAAGCAGCAAAAUCAUUAGCCAUUGUUAUUUUACUAUUUGCAAUAUCGUGGAUACCGAUUCAUGUUCUCAACACAAUAACUUUGACCUGUAGUGACUGUUCCUAUCCUGUAGAACUGCUUCUAGUAACCAUUGUCCUCAGCCAUGCCAAUUCAGCAGUCAAUCCUUUGUUAUAUGCAUAUGGUAACAGUAAUUUCAAAAGGGCUUUUAGAAAAAUGAUCUGCAACAGGACAGAUAAUGACUCAUUCACAACAGAAGCUGUCAAUUCACAAAUGCAAAAUGCAAGAAGCAUAGCAAAGAUUUCACAGCAUCAAAAUAGUGACAGCAAUCUACAGAAUAGGGACUGCAAUCCACAACACAGUGACAGCGAUCCAUAUAAUAGUGUCAGAAAUCCACAUAAUAGUGACAGAAAUCCACAAAAUAGUGACAGCAAUCCACAUGACAGCAACAGAAAUCCACAAAACAGAGAGAAAUGGUGAACAAAAAUGGAUCAUCUUGCAUAGACAGAGAAUAUUAACAAUGUGAAUGGAACAGUGACAAGAUAUUCAUAUCUUAAAUUUUAUUCUUAAAUAUUUUGCAAGUCUGUGAUAUGACAAAAGCGCCUUAAGUGAUUCUACUGUAUUUGACACUUCUGAGAGAAAUGGUAUGUGCUUAUUAGCAUAGAGAUGUGGGAAAAGUUAUGAGACAUAUCCAUGUAAAAUUUUAUAUGUGUUUUAUUUUAACUAUUAAUAAUAUAACAAAUUAAACCUGUAACUGCUUUCUCGACUUAAGUUAAGUAAGAAAAGCAAAAAUAUCAAUGUUCGGCACACUGACAUUAUCCUUCACCUAGGAGAGACUUUUUAUUUGUAUUCAUCUUUUAUUAUAUAGUAAAAUGAUCAACAUACAAAGCCUUUUGAAUGCAAUCAAACAUAUUUUAUUCAACACCUGAGUUUGUUCUGCCAUUAAUAUUACAUUUGUACUAUUGAACAUCUAGUCUGAUUUGUUUUAGCAUGAUGCAAGUAAUUGUGACAACAUACAGAAAAGGACAAUGUUACAUCAUAAACAUGUCAAUUAAGCCAUAUACCCUAAGUAAGAGCUUGAGUGCUAAUAAAGUGAAGUCACAUUGUUUAUAAAAAGUACCAACAAAACAUGAACUCAAUCAAGUGUUUUAAACAGUACACUAACAAAACAUUUACAAAUCUUUACAUUUAUGUUUAAUACCAACAUAUGAUCUAGUGUGAGAACUGGCCCUCUUCACUGAAAUAUAUGUAUGUAGUGUUCUCUUACCCCCUUACAUUCUCACCCUACCCAAUAUCACUCUUCUCCAAUCAAAUCAAUUUAAUUUGACAAAUGCAGAGAUUGACUCUUCAUUGAUCCAUUAUUAAUAUCAGUAAUGGAGUUAAUAGGUUCUGAAAACCUUGAAAAAUAUUGUUUAUCACUUGCUUCCUGAAGCCAGAUUAUAUGUAGUAAAUAUUAUGUUUGUCACCUUAUUGUUUUUGUUAAUAAACUUAAUGUUUUAUAAAAUGAGCCGUGCCAUGGGAAAACCAACAUAGUGGGUAUGCGACCAGCAUGGAU